AUGGUGCAAAGAACACAGCUCUUCUCAUUCACUAAGAAAAUGAAGGAAGGUCAUAAAGGGAAGAUCAAAGAAGAGAAGAAAGGCGAAGUUAAAUACAGAGGUGUGAGGAGAAGGCCAUGGGGAAAAUAUGGAGCAGAGAUUCGUGAUUCGAGUAGGCAAGGUGCCCGGGUGUGGCUCGGGACUUUUGCGGCAGCAGAGGAUGCAGCAAGAGCUUAUGAUCGAGCCGCCUAUGCAAUCAGAGGCCCUUUAGCCAUCCUCAAUUUCCCCCACGAAUAUCCUCAUUCUUCCUCCUCCUUGUCCUCGUUCUUGUCAUCAUCAUCAAGGUCAUCAGUGGCAUCAUCAUCAUCAUCAUCCUUCUCCUCUUCCAUGGUUGAGAAUUCCCAGCAAAGCAAAGAAAUUUUCGAGUUUGAAUACUUGGAUGACAAGUUGUUGGAGGAUCUGCUUGAGCAUUAG